AGCGGAGCUUGGGGGGCGCGGAGAGGGCACCGGCAGUAGACACCCAGGAACUCUAGCUGCUCGGAUCCUCGUGAGGCGCGCGCGCUCUUCUCUCCUCUCUUUCCCCUGAUUCUCGUGCUUGAGCUAGUGCACUUCGCUCAGGACCAUGGACACCCCGCGCCAGGUGGUCAACUUCGGCCCGGGACCCGCCAAGCUGCCCCGUUCAGUAUUGCUUGAAGCACAGAAAGAGUUGUUAGACUACAAAGGACUUGGAAUUAGUGUUCUUGAAAUGAGCCAUAGAUCAUCUGAUUUUGCUAAAAUUGUAAACACAACAGAGAGUCUGGUACGGGAAUUGCUAAAUGUUCCUGACAACUACAAGGUGAUUUUUGUGCAAGGAGGUGGAUCUGGCCAAUUUAGUGCCGUGCCCUUAAACUUGAUUGGACUCAAGGAAGGAAGGUGUGCUGAUUAUGUAGUGACUGGAGCUUGGUCUGCCAAGGCAGCUGAAGAGGCCAAAAAGUUUGCUACUGUUAACCUCGUUCACCCCAAACUUGAGAGAUAUACAAAAAUUCCUGAUCCAGGGACCUGGAAUCUCAACCCAGAUGCAUCUUAUGUGUAUUACUGUGCAAAUGAGACUGUCCAUGGUGUGGAGUUUGACUUUGUACCUGAUGUCAAAGGAGCAGUCCUGGUCCUGUGACUGUCUUCUAACUUCUUAUCCAAGCCAGUGGAUGUUUCUAAGUUUGGCGUGAUUUUUGCUGGUGCCCAGAAGAAUGUUGGCUCCGCUGGGGUCACCGUGGUGAUAGUGCGGGAGGACUUACUGGGAUUUGCACUGAAAGAAUGCCCAUCUGUGUUAGACUACAAAGUACAAGCUGGGAAUGGCUCCUUAUAUAACACUCCUCCAUGUUUCAGCAUCUACAUCAUGGGCUUGGUCCUGGAAUGGAUUAAAAACAAUGGUGGUGCUACAGCUAUGGAGGAGCUUAGCUUAAUCAAAUCUCAAAUGAUUUAUGCUAUCAUCGAUGAAUCCCAAGGAUUCUAUGUAUGCCCAGUGGAGAAACAGAACAGAAGUAAAAUGAACAUCCCUUUCCGUAUUGGUAGUAUUAAGGGAGACGAGACUUUGGAAAAGACAUUUCUUGAGAAAGCUGUUGACCUUAAUAUGAUCUCUUUGAAAGGGCAUAGGUCUGUUGGAGGAAUCCGUGCUUCUUUGUAUAAUGCGGUCACCACAGAGGAUGUUCAGAAGCUGGCUGCAUUCAUGAAGACCUUUAUGGAAAUGCAUAAGCUGUGAAUACUUUGGUGCAAAUUUAUCUACUGCCUAUUUAAAAACAGGCAACCUAUUAAAAUAAUUGUGGCAUAUGUAGCUAUAAGCACUUAACAAAGUAAGUUAUUUCCCCCUAUAAACAAGCCUACUGUAACUCUUUAAAAAAUAUCAAAACUGUUACAAGAUACUUUGCCACUACAAAGCCAAUGACAGCUGCCAUCUUCACUUUGACUAGUACUGUACAAUUUUUAAAGCUAUACUUCUGUGGUUUUUUUGAGAUUCAGUUUUUUCCUUCCCUGUUGCUUUUUGUUUUCCUUGCUAAAUCUCAGUAUGCAAAUUUUGACUGUGUGCUUAGUUCAGCUUUUUGAAUAUCCUGGCCUCUCUUGGCACAAGUGCCAAUAAUAGAAAGGACCAGACACUUCCUGGGGUUCCAGGGAUGUUCUGGACCAGGGGCAGCAAACUACAGCCUGAGGGCCAAUGUGGUCUUCUCCUGUUUUUGUAUAGCAGGCUAGCCAGGAAUGGUUUUUACAUUUUUUAAUACAACAUAACUUUAUUUUAAAGUAUAAGAACCAUCCUUAGCUUUCAGGCUAUUGGUAGGCCAGAUUUGGUCCAUGGUCUAUAGCUUGUUGACAUCUGCUCCAGAUUGAUGAGCUGGGCUACACUCAUGGUCUGCUUCCAUUUAUUAAGAUCACUGAUUGGGAGCUCAGAGAGUAAAGGCACAGGGCAAAGCAUGGCUCUUUCUUUGUCCCAAAUGUUCUCUUAAAGAGACAAAACUUGUAAGACUGUUCCUCAUAAGGUCUACUUUUAAUAUAAAAUAUUAUCUUUCUCUGCAUUUAUAUUUCAAGUAACAGUUCUUUGUAGGAUACAUCAGCGCUUUGAUAUAUACUUGUAAUCACAGUUGUUAUGCAAGAAGCCUUAUUUAGUAUAUUUACAAGGGGUUGUGAUGUGGGCUUUUUUUUUUUUUUUUUUGCUUUCUGCUUCUCUUCUCAGACUGGAGGAUUUGCUUCCCUCCCUCCCCCAAUGCCUUUCCUAUCUGUUAAGUUCAAACCAGAGCCUUUGUUAAAAUCCCCUAAAAUCCCUUUGCUUGUUGGCUUUUCUUUGCUUGAUGGGUCAGCACUCUGACUUCUGGGGAGAUGCUUGGUGAAAAACCCUAUUCUCAUUCUUUUAUGUGCAUUGAUCAGUAUGUGAUACAGAACACAUUAAGCCAUAUUAAAAGUACUAAAACUUG